AUGGAAAACUCUGAUAAUUCUGUGAUCUUUGGAAUAUGUUUAGUAGAUUUUCAUCACAAAAGAGGUCCUGAAAUCGAGUACUGGCAUGGUUUACCUGAUGGUGUGAAAAAGGAUGGCUUAUGGACCAAUUUGCCGUUUCAGGCACUUCCAGAUGGAUCUCAUUCCUUCGAGGAAACAUUUACCUAUUUUACUUUAUUAUACGAUGAAGCUAAUCAUUGUAGUCCAACAAAUGGAGCUACUGAACUUUCUGCAGGUGAUGUAAAAAAUUAUUCAACGUUAUUCGCCAUAUCUUGCUCUCGACAGAUUAAAACAGAAGAUUUACUUACAAAGGAUGAAGAUGUUACACGUUCUACAGUCCAAAAAGCAAUUGUGGUAAUAUUUCGUGAACCCAUAUUUGGUCAAAUUAGAGAUAAAUUAAGUAUUGUUACAACCGCAUAUUUUCUUCAACACGACUUCACAGAUAAACAGAUAUUAGUAUCCCUAUAUGAUAACUUGAAAGUACUGUACAAAUCUUCAUCAACAGAAGAUAUUUCAACUUCAGAAAAUAGACUAUAUAUUGGAUUAUGUUUAAGAAAAGUCAUACACGAUUUUAAAAAGGAUGUUUUAAUUUUAUUGAAGGCAAUAAUUUUGGAGAAAAAAAUCAUUUUUUAUGGCAGCAAUGUUGAAUAUCUGUGUAAUUUACAAUUUAGUUUGAUUAGUCUUAUACCUUCCCUCUUAUUAGAUUUACGAGAUAGUGGGAGCCCCCUAACGUACAAAGAUAUCACAGAAAUUAAGAGAGCUACAUCAUUUAAAUCUAGUGACCGUAAAUCAGUCUUAAACUUUUUAGGGUUACCAUUACAAAUAUUUCAAGAAGGAGGACUAUUUUCACCGUACACACCACUUCAACAAGUAGAUGAUAUUAGAUCUGAAAAGACUAAUUUCUUCGUAAUUGGUUCUUCGAAUUCUUUGCUUUUUGAAAGAAGAGAUGAAUUAUGUGACAUAUUGGUGAAUGUUGAUACUUUAUCACUGGAGAUAAUAAAUAAGUCGCUAGAUGCACCUCUACAACUUACAGGACACGACAAAAAAUGGAUCGAAUCUAUCGUUGCCAUUGUGGAGGAGACGUGGAAUGAGAAUGAUGAUGAAACACCCAAGAAUUCCCAAUUUAAAGGUAGUGAAGAUUUUAUAAGGUGGCAAUUUGAAGACUACAUAACUGGCCUGCUCUCUUCUGUAAAACUCUUUGAUUAUGUGAAUGCGAACAGGGAUAAUCCAGUUGCGUUACAGAGCAUCCCUCAGGAUUACUUGAGUUUAAACCCAUGGAAUCUAUACAAUAUUCAAUGGGUGAAUAGGUGGGAGACCACCAGGAAUUACGAAAUUUUCAAUAAAUUGACAGAUGAUAGGCUUUUUGAUCUGUUUACCCCGAAACAUGCUUAUAAUGGUGUUGACAAUUUUGUAAUAUUCCAGCAGAAACUUCUUUCGGCCUUUCAAAACCUCAGAAGGCACCCAUCUAAUGAUAUUCUAUCUAAUAAAAGUACAGACGAUGUACAAACAUCUAAAGUAAUAAGUAGUGGAACUAAGACUAGUGAUGAGAAUACGAACCAAAGUGAUAAAGGACCAAAUUCAAAGGAGAAUGUAUGGGCAACCUGGAAAGAUUACUUUAAUAGAAAGAAAAUAAAGAAUAAUGACGAAUCUGCCAGCUUAAAUCACGAUACUAAUGACACUGCAAAUUCGGUAAUAUCAAAAGGUAGCUCGAAUAGUUCUAAAAAAACGAAGAAUGUUGAAAAUACUACAAAUACAAACCUACAACAAAAAUCGACAAGAAGGGCCAUUGAGAAUGCUUUAUUAGGACUUGGUUUACACCUUGAUAAAGAACAAAAGGACCUAAACGAAAGUGGUGAUGAUGAAAAAGACGAUUCAUUUGUUGCUACAAAAUCAACAAAGGAGGAAAAUCUAAACACCGAACAAGAUGAAAGAAUUGGAAAUAUUGUUUCAAGUAAUGAAAAUCCAGAUAAGGAGAGUAUAGAUAUCGACGAUUUGGUGGUAACUGAAGAUGAAGAAGAGGAAUACAGUGCUUCAGAUGCACAACCUAUAACAGAUAAAUAG